AUGGCUUUGAAUACUACUGAGGAGAGUACUAUUGAAGUACCUGUCGCUAGGCAAGAAAAUGUGAGGGGUCCAGAACCUACCUCAUAUCAGGAGACAGAAGUUGCUCGCCUCCUGCGGUUACUUGUUCAGCAACAAGUGACUAGGCCUGGCAAGGUACGCAGGAAGGAGGCGCUUUGGUUCACUGGCCUGGAUGUCAGUGAUUGGUUGGAAGAAUUCGAGGUUGAGCUAGAACAAGAAGGGGUACCCAAGGAAAGCUGGUGUAAAGAGCUGGUGAUCAAUACCCAGCCAGGAUUGAGACCGAGAAUCCGUUACCUGGACAGAUAUAAGUUGAACAACUGGAUGGCCUUUCGAAGGAGCCUGAUGGACGAGUUCAGCGACUCAGAUGGCCGGGUUAUGAAAAGAAGUGAAUCAUACUUGAGGAUGCUGGCUAAGGCUGUACGGGAAGACAACAUCAUGACUCCCUUAGCAUACAUCACCGAGUUUCGCAGAAUAGGCCUGGAAAUGCUACGCGAGGGAAGGAUAGGAAACUUCCAGCUAGUCCAGAUAUUUUUAAAGGGUUUCUCAGAGAGUCGGCGAGAUCAGAUCCUGGAUAGCAUCAGCAAUAAGCUUACCCCCUCUGGUGAGCGGCGACGAGCUAUUCCGGACUUUGCAAGUAUUGAGAAGGCUGGUCCCAUGGAGGGGCAACUGAAGACUGUAAUAAAAACUCAGUACCCAGGGAUCUUAAGAAGAAAUGCCGACCCCUCAAGACUGGAUGAGGACCUUCGGCAAAGUAUUGACAAUUUACGAGUUGGUGCGGCGACGAUGGACAGCCUGAAGCAGCGCAUAGCCAUCUAUGAGGAUCCAAUCCUUAAGAGUGGAAAGCAGGAUAGCACGCAGAUAGGGCAUAUCAUUAACUAUGUUGAGAGUCUGUUCCCGAAUGCGCAUCUGAAAGCCGCGGUACCGAGGACGGAAAACUCGGCCACCGGAACGAGCUCAUAUAGUCAGGUCAAGAAGACGCAACGUGAGCAGAUUAAUGAGCUCAUGAAGCAACGAACCGCAGGAAGGCAGGCUGCUGGGGUUCAGUUGAUCUAUGGGAAUACUGGCGGCAGUUAUUUUGCGGAAUACGAUCGAGUCGUGCGAGAAGUAGGGAUACAUGUGGUUUCUGAGAGUCAGCCAUCUGGAAUAAGAGCUACUGUCAAGACUGUGGCUGACCGGGUAGGGAGCAAGCCUACCCUGAAGAACUACCUAAAAGAAGUCCUUUAUGAGCAGACGGUGGUUUCGUUCACUGAGCGCCUGAUGAACAGUACUAUCGAAAUCUCUCUUAUGGAAUCGUUACAGCUUAUGCCUGAGAUCCGGAAUGCCAUCUAUCAGUCUCUACCUGGUCCAAUUGCCGACGUUGUGAAGGACCAGCUAGCGGCUGCUAAGGAAGCGCGUCGAAAGCGAACUGAGGAAACCGAUGCUCAGAAGGCUGGAGCGAAAAAAGUCCUAGUAGCGCACAGACAGCAAGCCAUACCGGAAGACAUGACUGCGUUAGAUGAAUGGUUUGAGCCUAGGACUGCAUGGUUCCCUCAUGCGGCCAGGCUCACGCAGGAAAGGCUACAGGCAAUGAAGAUCAGCUCCGGCUUCACACCGCAGGAAAAGUUAUUAAUAGAGGAGGUAUUGUUCAGGAGGGAGGCUGCACUCAGCUGGGACUUCUCGGAAAUUGGGAGGAUUAAACCUGAGGUGGCUCCCCCAUAG